AUGUUGGCUCCUACUGAAUACGGCUCUAGCCCUGACCUGUUGCCUCCUACUGAACACAGGCCUAGCCCUGAACUUUUGGGUCCUACUGAACACAGUCCUAUCUCUGAACGCCCAAGCCCUGAUCUGUUGGCUCCUACUGAAUACGGCUCUAGCUCUGACCUGUUGGCUCCUACUGAACACAGGCCUAGCCCUGAACUUUUGGGUCCAUUUGAACACAGACAUAGCCAUGAACUGUUGGAUCCUACUGAACACAGCCCUAGCCGUGAACUGUUAGCUCCUUCUGAAGACAUCCCUAGUCCUGAACUGUUACCUCCCACUGAAAACAGCCCUAGCCCUGAACUAUUGGCUGGUAUUGAAUACAGCCCAAGCCCUGAACUGCCUGAACUGUUGGCUCCUUCUGAACACAGCCUUAGCCCUGAACUGCUAACUCCUACUGAACACAACCCUAGCCCUGAACUGUUGGCUGGUAUUGAACACAGACCCUGCCCUGAUCUGUUAGCUCGAACUAGACACAGUUCUUGCCCUGAACUGUUGGCUCCUACUGAAAACAGCCCUAGCCCUGAACUGUUGGCUCCUACUGAACAAAGCCCUAGCCCUGAACUAUUGGCUCCUACUGAACACAACCCUAGCCCUGAACUAUUGGCUCCUACUGAACACAGCCUUGGCCCUGAACUGUUGACUCCUACUGAACACAUCCCUAGCCCUGAAUUGUUGGCUGCUACUGAACACAACUCUAAAUCUGAAUUCUUGACUCCUACUGAACAUAGCUCUUGCCCUGAACUGUUGGCUCCUACUGAACACAGCCCUAGCCCUGAACUGUUGGCUGGUAUUGAACACAGCCCUAGGUCUGAUCUUUUGGCUCGUACUAAAUACAGCCCUAGCCCUGAACUGCUGGCUCCAACAGAAAUACAGCCCUAG